CGGCUCGGGCUGUCACCGGGAGGAUUGCUGGAGUGCGUGACCCUGGACAGUUUCGGCAGCGCAGUCGGCACGGCGCUGUUCAACAUCCAGAGCGUGUGGCCUGGCGAUGGCAUGGGUGUCUUCGUGGAGGCGUCCUUCCUGGGGUGCAGUAAUGCCGCCUUGUGGCCGAUGUUGUCGGGGAGCUUCAAUCACCUUGGUGGCGCGGUGCUGCAUCUGUGUACCCAGCAGGCCAGCGUAUGCUCAGGGCUGGUGCAGUGGCCUCAGCGCUCGGUGUUGCACGUGGUCACCUACCGCAUGCGGAGCGCCACGGGAGUGACUGAGCCGUGGGCUCAGGCGCUGCUGGCCAGUCGCGGAGCCGCUGGGGGGCACUCAGCCGCUGGCAUCCCUGGCGGACCCGUCGGAGGUGCUAGCUCGCCUGGAGCUACCGCUGGAGCUGCCGUGGCUGGCGCGGAGCCCACCCCCGAGGAGCUGAAGAGGAAGGUAACUGAGUUGCGCCUACGCUUGCAUCGCAAGCGUGGGAUAGGGCCUGGACGAACUGGCAGCGACCGUGGUGCGUACAUCACGAGCGUCUGGCACGGUCACCACCCGCAGAGCGAGAUGGGGGUGAGAAAUGUGCGCGAGAUGCGGACCGUCGGCGAGUGUCUCGACGCACUGCUCAGAGGAGAGUUGGAUCACCUGGGCGACCUCUUGAUGCAGAGGCUGAAGGCGAUCGAGCAGGCAACCAAGGACGGCCACUGGCAGGUAGCCCAGCAUCUCGAGCUGCGCGACGACCUGGGCGUGGGAUUAGCUCGCCAGGAGGAGGUGCACGACGCCGUGAGCAAGCACAAGAGGACGUUUGGCCUGGCCGAGAGCGUGGCGAAGGCCAAGAAGGGAG